AUGCAUAAUAAUACAAGAGGAUAUAUACAAUUACAUCCAUUUCAUUUAGUGAGUCCAUCACCAUGACCAAUAUAUACAGCAUUUAGUUUAAUGAAUUUAGCAUUAUCAUUAGGAUUAACAGCACAUAAUUAUAUAAAUAAUAAUAUAUGAAUAAUAUUAAGUAUAAUAACAGUAUUAUAUAGUAUGACAUUAUGAUUUAGAGAUAUAUUUGCAGAGAGUACAUUUUUAGGAGAUCAUACAAUAGCUGUUAAAAAAGGUAUAAUGCAAGGUUUCUUAUUAUUUGUAUUAAGUGAAAUAUUAAUAUUUGCUUCAUUAUUUUGAGCUUAUUUACAUUCAGCAUUAAAUCCAACAAUGGAAAUAGGUAUGAGUUGACCUCCAGCAGGAAUAGAAACAAUAUCAGCUGAUGAAUUACCUUUAUUAAAUACUAUAAUAUUAUUAGCUUCAGGAGUUACUAUUACAUAUGCUCAUCAUUCAAUUAUUAAUGGUAAUAGAUCAAAUACAUUAUAUGGAUUUAUUUAUUCAACAUUAUUAAUUUUAUUAUUUGUUAUAUGUCAAACUUUAGAAUAUAAAUAUGCUCCAUUUACUUUAACUGAUAGUGUUUAUGGUUCUACUUUCUAUUCUACUACUGCUUUACAUGGUAUACAUAUGGUUAUGCUAUUUAUUAUGCUUUCUAUUUGUACUAUUAGAGUUUAUUAUUACUCUGUUACUGAUACUAGUCAUGUUGGUUUAGAAACUACUAUUUUAUAUUUACAUGUUUUAGAUGUUAUAUGAUUAUUUAUAUACAUAGUUAUGUAUUGAUGAGGUACUUAA